UCCUCUCUAGCUAUCUCCUCAUGGUUUCUGCCUAUCCCAAUUUGCUUUUAGUUCUUGUGGCUUUAGUGGUGUUGCAUUCAAGACUAAUCCGCGUAUCAUCGGCCGCCGGGAAUGAAGAGAUGAAGCCGGGCACCAUAGGUGCCAUUAUUGAUGGAAGAACUCGGGUGGGGAAGGAAGUGAAAGUUGCAAUGGAGAUGGCUAUGGAUGACUUUUUUAAUCAAACGCAGCAAAAACUUACUCUUCUCGUGAAAAACUCCCAUGGUGAACCUGUUCACGCUGCCAAUGCCGCUCAGCAUCUGAUCAAGAAGCGACACGUGGAGGCGAUAUUGGGACCACAAUCGUGGGAAGAAACAUCCACGGUGGCCGAGGUCGGAAGCCGACACGGCAUUCCGGUGCUGUCCCUAUCGGAUUCGAGUCCUUCUUGGUCAACGAAACGAUGGCCUAACCUCAUCCAAGCCGCGCCGUCAACGGCCAACCAGAUGAAGGCGGUGGCCGACAUCGUGCAGUCGUGGGGGUGGUGGCGGGUCAACGUUAUCUACGAGGAUUCCGAUUCCUUCUCGGCCGGAAUCACUCCUCACCUCCUCGAAGCUUUAAAGGAAGUGGACGCCCAAAUCAGCAACCUAGUCGCGAUCCCAUCCCUCGCGGAUUCCUCGUUCUUGUCGGGCCAACUCGAGAAUCUCAAGAAUGACCAAUGCAGAGUUUUUGUGGUCCAUGCUUCGUUGCCCGUGUCCGAGGUUGUGUUUGCGAAGGCUAAGGAGAUGAAGAUGAUCCAAAAGGGAUACGUUUGGAUCACAACCGACUCAACCGCCAGCCUGGCCCACUCCCUAAGCGUAACCGCCACCGCCGCCAUGCAAGGGGUUCUUGGAAUUCAGGCCUACUAUCCCCAAACCAGCGAGGAUUUCCAGAAUUUCUACCGGAGAUUCCAAGAAAAAUUCAGGUCCAAAUAUCCGGAUGAGAGAAACUACGAGCCCAGCUUUUUCGCUGUCCGGGCUUAUGAUCUCACCAGGACACUAUCUUUCACUUUCACUUUGACAACCAAUUUUACCACCACAAAAACUCUCCUGCAAAAAAUCGCAGAAACCCAAUGGAGCGGUUUGGGCGGGAGAGUUCAGUUCCAGGAGAGGAUUUCCCCGCCGGUGGAUGUGUUUAGGAUAAUCAACGUCAUCGGAAAGAGCUACAAUGAACUGGGGUUUUGGACGGAGGGACAGGACCGCGGAUUUUCCGAGGCAAUAGACGUCGGAGCAGUGUACAACAAGUCCAUGGAAAAUGCGUUGGGACAAGUGUUUUGGCCAGGAUCGCCUAAGUCGGCUCCGAGAGGAUGGGAGUUUCCGACAUAUUUAAGGAUUGGUGUUCCCAACAAUUCCAUGACGCGUACAUUCGUCAGCAUAGACUGCGAUCCUAGCAAAGAGAAGUGUAAAUUCUCAGGAUUCUCAGUUAAGGUGUUCGAGCUCACCAUGUCGCUGAUGAAACCCAAGGUUCCGUACAAAUUCAUCCCUUUCAACAACAACUACACCGAGUUGGUAGAAAACGUUCAUCUCAAGAAAUUUGAUGCGGCGGUGGGAGACAUAGCGAUAACGGCAGGGAGAUACGAACUGGCGGAAUUCUCGCAUUCGCAUACAGAAACAGGGCUUGUGAUGGUGGUGGCAAAUCAACCGCAAUCGAAGAGGGCGUGGCUGUUCAUGAAGCCCUUCACCAUGACCAUGUGGGCUCUCACUUUCGCCAUUAAUGUCUACAAUGGGUUCGUGAUUUGGAUGAUCGAGAAAAAUUACAGUUCAGAGCUGAAGGGCUCAGCGUUGAAUCAGAUCGGGAGCUUGCUGUGGUUGGCCUUCGCCACACUCUUUUCUCCCCACGGGGAACUGCGCAGCAAUUUGUCAAAGAUGGCAACACUGGUUUGGUUAUUUGUGGCGUUAAUACUUACACAGAGUUACACCGCAAGUCUUGCCAGCAUGCUCACAGUGCAGAAACUGGAACCAAAAGUUGCAGAUAUUGAGACGCUGAAAAGCAGCAACGCCAAAGUGGGGUGUUCCCGGAAGGCUUUUGUGUGUUCUUACCUCAACACCGCUAUCGGGUUCAAACCUGAGAAUAUCCAGAGGCUUCCGGACAUGGAGAGCGCCGCCGAUGCCCUUAGGAAUGGGAAAAUAGAGGCGCUGUUCCUUGAAGCCCCAGUUUCUAAGCUCUUCCUUGCCAAGUAUUGCAAGAGCUUCACCACCGCUGGGCCUACCUACAAAAUUGGAGGAUAUGGAUUUGCAUUUCCGCGGGGAUCUCCGUUGCUGCCUUACAUAGACGAAGCUCUGUUGAAGGCGUUCGAGAGCAGUGAUUUCAUGGGGCUGGAGAACGGCCUAACGGCGUCGGAGAAAUGCGUGGAAGACGGUCAAGAAUCCGACGACAACGACGACAAAGCGAGCCUAAGCGCGGGGAGUUUCUGCGUUCUGUUCGCGUUGACCGGAGGCACAUCCACGACGGCGCUGUUAAUCUAUGCUUUCCGUCGCCGUGAACCCAUCCGCAUGGUGAGCAUGCGGGAGAGUAAGCGCGUCGGGGAGGUGCUUUCGCUGCUGUUGCUGCACAUGAAGAACAUAAAGAACAGUCGGAGAAAAGUUUGCGAUUCUGAAACCCCAAGAAAUAAUCCUCCUGAGAUUCAAGUUUCAGAUCCCGAACAGAAGUUUAGAGCCUCCAUCUAACGUUGUUUCAUGAUUGUUAUUAGUCAAAGGCGAUAGUUUAGUACUAAGCUGAUUUGAGCGACAACAUACACUCUAUCCUGUAAAUUAAAAUAACUACUGCUGUCCGCGGAUACUAUUUUGUUUAAUACUUUAAUCUAAUUUGUUGAAAUUACACUUA